ACGACCGCCCGCCCCCUACGACUCCCCUUCCCUCUCGCUCAGCAACAGCGGAGGUCAUCAGCAACACCUCCCACCCGUCCCCGUCCACGGUUUUCCAUCCGCUUCCAUCCUCCUCCGCCUUUGUCUUCUCGACAAAAUCAACGCCAUCACCACCGCGACAACCCCCACCCACCCCUUUUCCUUCUCUCGCUUUUUAAAACAACAAAUCAAGCAAACACGAUGGCGGACUACGGAGACUACUCGUCCAACGGCGCCGGCUACGACUCUGUCGGCGGUGGCGGCGGUGGAGCAGGAGGGCCCGGCUCGGGCUCGGGCGCUCAGGACUUCUCAGAGCUGACGGCCGACGACUAUCAGAUGAUGGAUCAGGGUGGCGAUGGCGGCGGCGGUGGCGGCGGCGGCGGCACCGGCGGCGGUGGUGGUGGGCCUGGCUCGGCUGGUGGUGCUGCCGGCUCUGUUGUGGCCGGCGGAGGUGGCGGCGGGCACGGCGGUGAACAGUCGGGCGGCGGUGGCGGCGGCGGCGCGGGCGGCGGAGGGAUCGUCGACGAGGAGGGGGCGAAGAUCAACGCGAGCCGGGGCGAGGAGGAUGACGGGAAGAUGUUUGUGGGAGGGUUGAGUUGGGAGACCUCCAAAAAGGACCUCAAGGACUACUUCAGCAAGUUUGGCGAAGUUGUCGACUGCACCAUCAAAGUGGACCCAAUGACCGGGCGGUCCCGGGGAUUUGGCUUCGUCCUCUUCAAGGACCCUGGCAGCGUCGACAGGGUAAGGGGGGGCGAUCCCUGUGCGCUUGCGACGGACCACAAGCUGGACGGCCGCGUGAUAGACCCCAAGCGUGCGAAGGCCAUGCGUCGCGAGCCCGUCAAGAAGGUGUUCGUGGGCGGCAUGAGCCCAGACACGCCCGAGGAUAAGAUCCGCGAGUACUUCAGCAGCUACGGGGAGAUCGAGGCGAUCGAGCUGCCCAUGGACAGCAAGACGAGCAAGCGCCGCGGCUUCUGCUUCAUCACCUUCAAGGAGGAGUCGUCGGUGAAGCGCUGCAUGGAGAAGAAGUUCCACGAUGUGGGCGCCAGCAAGUGCGAGAUCAAGCUGGCCCAGCCCAAGGAUGUCUACCAGCAGCAGCAGAGCGGCCGCGGCGGGCGCGGAGGCCGAGGGCGAGGAGGUUCCGCCCAGGGCUACACGCAGGGCUACAGCGGUGGCGGGGGCGGCGGAUACUACGGCCAGGGCGGAUACGGGGGCUACGGCGGAUACGGGCAGGGCUACGGCGGGUACGGGGGCUACCCCAACAGCUACGACUACACGGGCUACAACUACUACGGCUACGGACAGGGCAGCUACGGGGACUACGGAGGGCAGCAGGGCGGCUACGGCAAGGCCCCUCGCCGUGGAGGCACUCACCAGACGAGCUACCGGCCCUACUGAGCGGCCACCACCCCCAAAGGAUUCGACGUGGGGCCUCCUCCCUACCGCGUGCACCCCCCCCUUCCCGUACCCGCUCCCCCUGACGUGCGGUGACCCCCCCCCCCUACCGGGCCAGAGUCUCUCUCCCUCUCUCCCUGCUGCCGGAGGCCCCCCCUACCGGAGAAGGUCCUCCCCUCGGCUCCUCGCUUUCCCGUCCGGCUCCUCGUCCGUGCCUGGGCUCCCGCGUUCUUCUCCCGCAGUCUUGGGGGGGACGGCGCGGGAUAGCCCCUGGGUGGCGGACGAGGAGGGGGGAUGGGGGUAAUGAUGAUGAGUGGAGGGGAGGGAUGGUGGGGGGGGGGAGUCUGGUUGAGGUAGGCUGGGAGGGGAGGGAGCUCUGGCACUGGAGGGUUUGGGUGGAAGGGGGGUGGAGGGAGGAGGCCCCACAAAGUGACUACGCUGGAGGCUGGAGGUCUGCGUCCCCGGCGAGCGAGCGGCACGACGUUUUGCCUCUCGUGUUCCGCCGUGGUCCGUUACAACACCCCCCCCCCCACCCACUCCCCACUCCGCCCGUUGUGGUUUUUUUUGUGUAGUUGCAUUAUUUUUUUCGCUAUUGAAAUGUCUUUUGAUUUGGUAGAGUUUUCAUUUUUUUAAGCAAAAACGAAGCCCCGCCCCGCCAUCGGUUCCUCCUAUCCCUCCCCCCCCCCCCCACUCGUUCCUUUUUACCCCCUCCGACCCGUAAUCCGCAUUUUGAAAGUUAAUGAAUAAUAAAUAAGUCCCGAGUGUGUAAAAAAACGUAACGUGCUUUUUGUAGCGGGUCUGUUAUUUUACCGGUUUCUACCGUUGUCGUUGUUGUGGUUUUUUAUUGUUAUGGAAAGGCUUUUUUUUAAAGAGAUUCUACAUUGGGGGGGGGGGGGCAGGGGUUUGGGGGAGUGGGGGUAUGAGUUUGCAGCGCAAAGCAAAAAUAAGUUUGUCCCAGAAAUGUUUUAAACCGAACUUUACCUAAAUCUGGGAGGGGGGGGGGGCUGGGAGGGUGAAAAAGAAUUUUAAAAAAUUUCAUUCCCUUGGACAUUUCCGAACCAUUUUUGCCAGUAUUGUGUUCGUCACACUGCAACCUUUUUUUUUAAGAAAAUAAAAUUCAAAAUGCCUACA